AUGUCAACCAAUUUCUCAAUCGAUGGUCCCAAGCCCAUUCUCAAGGCCGAAAAGAGCCCGAUACUAUGCGGGAUGACAACCCAGAUACCACCCGUGCAUCAGAAAGCCCAAGUCGGCUUUACGACCCAAAAUGACAGCUCCUUGGAGCAUUUGACAAUGGAUAUGAAGGAUCUCAUAAAGAAGAUCCAAGAUCUGAGCCACCUCGGCAUUGAAAAUCGACAAAUUGCACUUCCAAAGAUCUGUGUGGUCGGUGAUCAAAGCACUGGCAAGAGCUCUUUGAUCGAGGGUAUCUCUGAAAUCCAAGUUCCACGAUCUGAAGGCACAUGCACUCGGUGCCCGCUAGAGAUCAAUCUAUCUCAAAGUGAAGAACCAUGGAAGUGUGUUAUUCACUUGUCACGUCAAUACUGGUUCGAUAAUGAUAAGCGAAAGGAUAAAGUUCUCAAAAAGACUCCACUGGGACCGUGGGUGCCUAUUGGGGGUCACGAUGACGAGCUCUUCACCACCUUGACCGACAGGAAUGCAGUCCAAAACGCUAUCCGGUGUGCGCAACUGGCUAUUUUGAACCCCCACGUCAAUCCAAAGGACUUUCUCCCUGAGCUUAACGACAUUCCUCAAACGUUCUUCGUCCAAUUUUCGCCAAAUGCAGUUCGAUUGGAUAUCUCUGGUCCUGGCUUUCCAAAUCUGUCUUUCUAUGAUCUGCCAGGAGUUAUCAGUCAGACCGAGCAAGACGACGAAGGCUACUUAGUGAAUUUGGUUGAAAACCUGGUCAAGGACUAUGUUUCGCAAAAGAAUUGCAUUGUGCUUUUGACAUUGCCCAUGACUGAUGAUGCGACUAACUCGAGUGCUGCUCGUCUUGUUCGUGCUAUCAACGGCGCAAAAGAACGUACACUUGGUGUAUUGACCAAGCCUGAUCGCCGGCCAUCCGGGGAGUCAUUUGAACAAUGGCAGCAGAUUUUGCAAGGGAAGAAAUUUAAGCUUGGCCAUGGUUACUAUGUGAUUCGAAACAAUCCCGAUCCAGCAGUUAGCCAUGAGCAGGCAAGAGAGGAGGAGGAUCUUUUCUUCUCCCAGACUCUGUGGAAAGAUGAGUUGGCUAUCCUUCAAGACCGGUUUGGCAUCAAAAAUCUCCAGACAGCCCUAUCAGAACUCCUCAAAGAUCAGAUCCUGGGAUCUUUGCCUUCAAUUGUCGAGGAAAUUGAUAAGCGCGCGAAGGAAAUCGAGGAUGAGUUACAACGACUGCCUAAUCCGCCAACUGAGGAAGUUCAGAGAAUCCUGUGGGCGAAGACAUCGGCCUUGGAGCGCAAGUUCGACGAGAUCAUUGAUGGUACUUGGUGUCCAGCGCAGACAUCAGCACACAAGAAACCACUGCAUGAGCAGUGGAACAUGAUCGUGCUGGACUUUCAAACUGCCCUCAGUAAGACCAGACCUGUUCUAAAUUACAAUGCGCAAAAGGACAAGGAAGACCUUGGCGAAGGCGUUGACUCAGACUGUGACAUGCAAAUCAUUGACGUCAAAGCGAGCCCGUCAAAAAGGCGAAAGCUGCCAGUUGAUAGGCCAAUAGAGUCUCCGCCAGCUCCUGAAGCACCAAAGAUAAUUCCGAGUGCGUAUGCUACCAAGUACUUCGAAGGACUGAAGCGGAGCCGUUUCAGUUUGCAGCUCUUGUCGGAGCUGAAGAUUCGCUCCAAUACCGUCGGGGUCCCAAAUCAACUGGAUCCUCGCGCAAUCGAGAAUCUCAACAAGAGAAUCGUUCAGCAUUGGGAUACCCUCUCGGAAAUCUUCAUCAAGGCUACUCACAGCCUUGUGCAUGGGAUGCUCCUCGAAGCUCUUGAGGAAGAGUUCGUGCAGUACCAUCAGACUGGAUUGUAUCAAGAGCUCAGAAAAAUAUUGAAAGAUUACUUGACUCAAGUGCGUACGAAUCAUCGAGAAAUUGCAAAGGAAUACUACCAAGCUGAGCGCGAGGUCCCAUUCACCAUGGCCCAAGGUAUGCAUCAAAGACUGAUGGUGCAAGUAUUGGAGGAGUUGAAAGAGGGUCGAUUCAAGGCCCGAGCUACUUGCUACCUCACACUCCGCGGCCAAGAAAUGAAUGACUUCAAGAUUGCGGACAAGAUCCAAAAGACCAAGGACAAGCUUGGUCCGGAUAGAUACUCCCAAGAGAUCGACAUGAUGGCUAGCUCGCUAGCCUACUAUGAUAUCGCAUCGUCGCGCUUCUUGGAUGUUUUGUGUCAGUCUACCAAGCAAAAGUUGUUCAAGAUCUGUCGAAACAAUCUUGUGAACAUUGUGAGAGAUGAGUUGAAGAUCUUUGGGGAUGAUGGUCGUGCCCGCUGUCUGGAACUCAUGGCAGAAGAUCCAGAACGCCAACAACGUCGGGCGUACCUAGUCAAAGAGCGGGCGAAAUUUACGAUAGCCCAGGAAUGGUUGACAUCCCUGCGACCUCAAGAGAUCGAGAAAUGCGAGUCUGAUGUGACCAUGGAGGGAAUCAGCGAUGACUGGGAGAUGUGA